AAAUGAUCUCCUUCUAUGAAUGAAGACAUCCGGGCUCUCACAGCGCGCCUUUAGCUCCCCCUGGUGGCCAACACAGUACACUGCAGACAAGAUGGCGGCCCCCGUGAGGACAUUGUGCUGUUCAGUGCUGAGGCUCUCCAGCAGGCAGUUCAGCACAACAUGUGGAGUACAGGGUGGAGAGAAAUGGAGGCUAGAACAUGGAAUUGCCCGAAGCGGCACAGAAUAUGGCCCUCUGACAGAUCUGGCUGAUUGGUCGUAUGCAGAUGGGAGACCAGCUCCUCUGAUGAAGGGACAGUUGAGACGAAAGCAAGAGAGGGAAGUUUUAGUGAGACGUAUCGUGAUGCUGGACUCGGAGCUGGACAAAGGCGUAGAGGCGUGUAGUGCAAGAGAGGACAAGGCCAGAAGACUUGAGGAGCAGAAACAGUCUCUUUUACUCAAACCUAAAGGGAAGUUGUUAUUAAAAAAAAGUCCUAAAAGUUAGGCAAUCCUGUAACAAUAACACACUUUGCUUUUCACUA